AAAUAUUGUUGAGUUUCAAUUUAAUGUCAUAAAUAGGGCAGGGGGACAUUUUAGAAUCUCAUUUUAAAAUCUUGGAACCAUUAACAAAAAUAAUUAAUUUGAGAAAGGAACCUACAGACAAAUGUGCUGGAUGACAGGAUGAUGGGAAUUGCAGUCCAGAGCGCCAGCUAAUUUCAUCAUCAACCUCACCCGGGGUGGGGUUUUGGGGGACCCACAGCAAUGACCUUUGAGACGAUCCGGGCCAGCUCCCAGCUCAGCCCUUCCCAUCCCUGGUCUCUCCUGUGCACUGAUGCCCGUGCAAUGACUGCAGUCAUGUUGGUGCCAGCGUUCACACUGCAGUGUACACUGGCCGCCCUCGAGGAGGCAAAAUUGUCCUGGGUGGGAGGAGCAGAGGCUGCUGGGAAGUACAAAGAGGUAAGUGGGUGGACCUGAUAGAAUCAGAAUCAGAGAGAGGAGAUAAUGAAACCAGAGUCCACUUUCACUUCUGAUGUGUUAGUUGCACACACAAAGCAAGUGAGGAAGCACAUUGGGAGUCAGCUCUCCUCCGCAUGAGCCUGAAGUAGUGUGUGUGGCCACCUGGACGAUGAUGUGAGCCCUGGAGGGAUCCCACCGGAGACCCACUGCCUGCAGAGUGAGACCCACCUGGCAUCGGUGGACGAGAUGGCCGUGGCGCCUGCAGUUCAAGCGUCUGAGGUGGUCAGUGACGAUCAAGACAACCCCGAGGUGUUUUACACGGUGGAGAGGGACGAAAGCGGAGAAGUCGUCUGCCUCUGCUCCGAUAUGGGGGAGGCCUAUGACAAAAUAGCUGCCCUGGCUGAAUAUUUGCUGAAAGACCAGCAAGAUGCCCCGGCGGACGAGCAUUUUGAAAGCCUCUUUUGGGAUGUGGGGGCUGCAGAAGGGCCUGGGGGCUGCGCAGAGGCCAAAAGCUGGGGCCCAUCCUCGGACCCCCCCGAAGCCAAGCGCCAGAGGCUGGCUCACCCGCCGGCUCUGUGCAUUGUGAGCGGGGACCCCCUUGCCAUCCCGCUGAACCCCGGCCAGGAUGGCACCAACUCUCCACCCGACUUCCACCUGCAAAUUUUGGUGGCCACCGUGGGCCCUGCGGGCAGAUCUCCAGAAGCGCUGGGGCCCUCUGCAAAUGGGGAGCUCUGGUGCAUCCCACGCCAUGGGAGCAACAUCCAGAUGAUCUUCACCUUUGAAAACGCCCAGCAAUCCUGCUUGCCUCCAGAUGCACCAACCUCCCCAGGGUUGGUCCGGGCUUUCUGCAAAGAGCUGAAAGAGCAUUUCCGCAGAGAAUGCCGUUCGGGCCCUGGGCAGCCCCUGGGACACCUUUACCUGGAGAGGGACUUGGUGCAGCAUCACCUGGACGGCAGGGGCGGGAGGAGUGCAGACCUGAGGCGCUGCCAGCUGGGAGAGAAGUGGGAGGCCUCCGUGGACAGAAGCAGCUUGUUCCAGAUGACCAGGAAAAACGACCUUGGCAGCAGAGUCAUCGUGGUCUUGGGGAAGGCGGGCAUGGGGAAAAGUCUUCUGGUCCAGAAGAUCUGCCUGGACUGGGCCGAUGGCCACAUGCCCCAAUUUGACUUCGUUUUCCAAUUUGACUGCCGGAGGCUGAGCCUGCUGCACGGCACCUACCACGACUUCAGGUCCCUGCUCUCGGAUUCCCUGGGUGGCUCCUGCCAGGGCAUCCAUGAAGUCUACGCCAGCCUCUUGAAGAACCCAGAAAGAGUCCUCCUCCUUUUUGACGGCAUGGGAGAUCUGAAGGAUCCAGAGGGCUUCUCGUCUGCUUCUGGGAGCCCACCCCACGGGGAAGCCCAUGGCCUUGGCGCCAUCUUGGCCUCCCUCUUCCAAAGGAAGAUGCUCAAUGGCUGCACUUUCUUACUGACUGGACGGCCCAAAGAAAGGCUCCCCCAGUAUUUUCCUCGGGUGGACACGGUCCUGGAGGUCGUGGGCCUCUCCCUGGAGCAGGCCUCACUCUGUCUCGCUCGCUCUUUUGAGGGCUCUUCCCACUGGGAGCAGGGGGCCGACCUGAUCAGGGCCUCACCUUACCUGUUCAGCCAUUGUUGCAAUCCUGGCCUCUGCCGGUUCAUUUGCCAGGCUGUGUUUGAAACAAGAGGUCAAGAGCUGCCCUCCACUCUCACCGGCCUCUUCGUCACAUACCUUCUCCAGAAGAUGGCAAGUUCGACUGCAAACUGCAGGGCCUUGAGGUACCAAGGCAUCCUUGCCUUGGCUGAGGUCUCUUGGUCUCUUGGGCAACGGUGCCAAAAGGCCCUCUUGAGCGAGCAGUUCCCUUCCGCAGACGUGAAGGAGUUUGCUCUGAAAACUGGGCUCAUGGUGGAGCAGCGGGACGUAUAUGUGUUCUCCAACUUUGUUGUCCAGAAUUUCUUGCUGGCCCUGCAUUUGACUUUUGCCAAAGAGAUCAAGGGCAAAAAACUCACCAAAUACCUUGGUUUGGGGGCCAGGUUCAGGAAAUUCUUCUCUUCGGGGGGCCUGGUGCCCCGUUUCUUGUCUGGGUUGCUGUUCUUAAAGGACGAGCUCAGCCGUUCCCUCCUUUUUGGUAAGGAAGGUGAGUUAGAUACGGAGAAGAUGAUCGCAAGGAAGCAGAGGUGUCUCUCCAGAUUCAUCCGGAAACUUUCCCUUCGGGAUUUCAGUCCAGACAAAUUGUUGGAGCUGCUCCACUGCGUCCAUGAAACCGAAGAUCAAUACCUCUUGAACCAUUUGACCCUGGAGCUCGGGCCGGACCUCUCUUUCUUGGGCUUUUCACUCACCCCACCAGAUGUCAGCGUCCUGCACUCUGUGUUGAGAAGGUCCUCCAAGAAGUUCUCUUUAGACCUGAGGGGGAGUUGCCUUCACUUGGAUGGACUCAGGAAGCUGGUCGAUCUGAAGAACAUCACCAAGUUCAGGGUGUCCCUGGGGGAAGCUGUGGCGCUCUGGAAGCACCUGUGGGACGUCCAGGAGAGGGAAGCCCUGCAGACAGCCAUGGAGAAGUUCCUGGUGGUGCCCUUCAGGGCGAAGACGUUGGGGGACGUGGACGCCCUUCUCGGCCUGGUGCAGCUGCAGAGAGACAUGGCGGAAGGCAGGGAAGACUCUGCGGGCUCCAGCAGCCGUCUUAUUCCAGCCAUCGCUGGGUUCCUGAAACUAGAAUUCAGCCUCGGGCCCAGCUCUGGCUUGGAGGGUUUCCGAAAGUUGGCGGAUUCUUUGGUUGCCUUCUCGGCUCUUCAGCACUUGGACUUGGAUUCCCCUGAUGAAAACGAAAUCGGAGAUGAAGGGGUGGAGUCCCUCACCCGCGUCCUCCCUCGCUUGGCGUCUCUGGAAACGUUGAACUUGUCCCGGAACAAGAUCACUGACCUGGGCGCUGAGCUGUUGGCCGGAGCCCUCCCCUCCCUGCGUUUGCUGAAGACCCUCAGUUUGUACGAAAACAACAUUGGGGAUGCGGGUGCAGAGCACGUGGCAGAGGUGCUGCCCCAGAUGUGUGCGUUGCGGGUGCUGGACCUGCACUGCAACCGGAUGUCUGCUGCCGGAGCCCGGUGUCUGACGGAGCGCUUGAGGAGAUGCCCCUGCAUUCAGAGCUUGGCGUUGUGGAACCCAAUGAUCCCUCACGGGGUUCUGGAUCACCUGCAGCAGCUGGAUUCUCGGAUCAGGAGAUUUUAGGGGCAGCCCCUGACGGGUCGCUUCGGAUUCUGCAGUGGAGGAAAUUCUGCUGCUAAAAUUAAAGCUGGGUGAUCCAUAAAGGCGGCUUCUUUUUCUCCAUCAACACGAUCACUGGAUCCCCUUUCUGAAAGAAUCCUCUCCAGGGCAGUUGAGGGGCUUUAGGUCCCAAAUUUUGUGAAGUGAAGGGCGAAGGCAAGGAAAACGUUUGUGUCCCUCUGCACAUAAGUGGAUGCAUCCAGUUAUUUGACUUAGCAGAUAUCUAUGGAGAAUAAGCAACUGACUUUUCUAAAAACAAAAGAAAAUGCUGGUGCUUUCUGAAUAAACUCAGCUCCCUUUGAGAGCUGAUACCUUUCUGGAAUAUUUCUGCAUGGAUUCACGAUCAUCCCUUGCAGCUUCCUAAAAGGUUUGGAGGAAUAAUGUAAUGAACACACAAGUAGGCAAGGCAGAACUGGAAUCCUGGACCCACAAGGGUCAUUUUAAGCUUUAGCAACUGUUGAGGGUGUGUAUGUGUUGGUGUGUACCAGGGCCUAGAAGCUUAUUUCUAGUGAUCGGAGCACAGAGCCUCUUAACUCUAAUGUACAGUUUUCAUAUCCCUGAGAAACUGUCAAUAAAUAUUUUUCUACAAGCGUC